AAAAGAGCAUUGAUCAGAUUGUUGACUAUUGUUAGUUUUUUCCCGGGUAGUCGACAGUGUCGAGGGUUGUUAUAUCGAUAUAUCGAUAAACCAAAUGGAGAGUACUGGCUGCAAUCGCCCGCCUGCCUGGCACAGGGGAAGAUGGAUAUGUGAUAUUCGGUCAAGUAUUUUGAAGUUAACGCACUUUUCUACAAACGUACUGUGAGGCAGAAUCGGAUUGUUGGGUUGUUUGUUUCGGGUUGAAAAAUCUCGAAAUUGAAGACAAACGUGGGACGGAUGGGAAGACACCCUGUUUAACAGGGUUGAUGGAAAUAAGUCGGGGGUUAAAAAGAUACUGAAAAUAAUAAAUUAUCGGCGCGCAACAUUCGACAAUAACAUUCGAUAUCAUGCGCGUAACGAAGGAUCAGAAAGUGAUUUAAACCGUCUUGCCAGAAAUUCGUGAACCUUGUCAUUACCAUUGUCAUUAUUUCUGUUGUUACUGUUAUUAUCGUGAUUUUUACACGAUCGGCGAAGGAUCGCAGCGUUUAGUUUAGCCCCGCGUUCGUUGCAACUCGUGGAGUGACAACCGAGAGGCGAACUUAACCUAACUUUGGGGAGCCCUUGAACCGCGGCUUAAACUAAACUAAACUCUCGGCCAUCGUAACCACCGAACUCUGAGUGACUUAAUUAUUAUAAGAACGUACAGAGGAGAGGAGGAAGAAGAAUGCCAAAAAUAAGAACUAAACCUGUGUCCAAUAGCUCGUGGCUCAGGCAGCGAGAAAUUGGAUUCAAGUUCCCUCUAGGUCACAACGACAGAUUCUACAAGACUCUCUAUUCCUCCAUACAGCCAUGCACCUCCUGGGAUCACCGCGAAAAUGUUUCCAGUGCUAUGCACGGCGGUGUUUUCAACCUAGAAUAUUCACCGGAUGGGUCCCUCUUGCUUGCGGCAUGCGAAAAACGCAGUAUUCUGAUGUUCGAUCCACUUUGCAGAAGGCUCAUACACGCUAUAGACAAUGCGCACAAUGACUGUGUCAACUGUGUAAGGUUCCUGGAUCAGCGGAUGUUCGCUACGUGUUCGGACGAUAGUACCGUGGCACUCUGGGACGCGAGAAAUCUUAAACAGCGCAUAAGAACUCUCCAAGGCCAUUCGAAUUGGGUCAAGAAUAUCGAGUUCAGUCCAAGCGACGGUUUACUUUUGACGAGUGGAUUCGACGGCAGUAUUUAUACAUGGGACAUCAAUAGCUUUACAGAGAACAGUUUUUUGUACAAUCGAGUAUUUCACACCAACGGACUCAUGCGGACUAGGCUGAGUCCCGAUGCAACCAAAAUGCUCAUUUGCACAACCUCUGGGUACUUAAUCAUUAUACACAAUCUUCAGCUGAGCACUCUGUCGCAGGAUUUAGCAGGAUUCAAGCCGAAUAUGUACAGACUCAUGCAAUUGUCACAGACGACGAUACCUGUAGCAGCGAGUUUUACACACCUUUUUUCACACUCCCGAUCACACAAUAGGGUCGAGUUCCUUACUGAUUUUCCUGUUGGGGAUGACGCGGAGGUGAUUUCAAGCCUUCAGGUUCAUCCACAGGGCUGGUGUGCUCUGUCGAGGAACGUCAGUACGGGCGAAAAGUCAGAGUGGACCUGCGUUCACGACAUUCAGGAGACUGACGCAGCGGCGCAAAUUGAGGAGCAGGUUAAAGACAACGAAGAUUCGGCAUCGCACUUCAACGAUCUCUCCGUAGAAGAAUACGAGGAUGAUCACCAGCCGCAGCCUUCGAGGUCAGGAACCACGUCGCCGUUCGUGAUAGACAGCGUGAGCCGAGCUAGAAUAGUGCAAGAAGUGACUGACAUAAUGACGAACUCGUUCGUAUCGACGGACGCGACGCAGCCUAUAAGACCGUCGCGAACUAGCAAUUGGCAGGACAUACCGAGGCGAAAUUCGCGGUCUCAGUCCCGUUCCGGGGCGCUACCGCGACUGGAGAGAAACAUAGUGAGGACGAAUUUCGGUGUGGUAGAAGUUAGCUCGAUAGAAAAUUCCCUGGAGUCCAGACUUGGCUCGGGAAGUGAAGCUGAGGAGAGACGGCGGCAGGCGAACAGACUUCACGAGAGCGACAACGAGGGCGAUAAUUUACCAGGCGGCAACUCGUCUCCGGGAGAUAAUACCGAGGACUACAGACUGCCGCGUCAAAACUCCCAGCUCAGUGACCUGCGGCGAAGAAACGUGAUCGAUGGAUUCGAACUUCACGUGAGCAGCACCGACGUCUGGGAGGCUCUCGUAGCGAUAAGGGAAGCGAGACACAGACGAGAACGCGAGAGGGAAUUCCACUCGUCCCCGGGCGAACGGAGGGACUGGCUGCCCAGGUCGAGCAGCGGCGUUAGCGUCAGCAUGCCGCCGUCCCACACCGUUGUCAUACUCGGCGACAGGGCGAGGGCGCAGGGCCAGAACAGGCAAGGCUCACAGACGAUGUACGCGAUACCGCGUAACCAUAAAAUCCACCAGAAUACGCCGAGGCUGACGCACUACAUCGAGGAGCCGAAUGUGGGUUCGGGCUACAUCAAGGAGCUCUGCUUCUCCUCUGACGGCAGAUUGAUCUGCUCGCCCUUCGGCUACGGCGUUCGUCUAUUAGCAUUCUCCGGUGACUGUCAGGACCUUUCUAACUGCGUACCGCCGGGCAACGAGUCCGUUAAAUUACACGAACUCGCCACCAAUGUUAGUCACUCGGACAUUGUUGUUAGCACGAAAUUUUCACCGAAACACUGUUUACUCGUUUCCGGCUGUCUGAGCGGACAGAUUACGUGGCAUCAACCGGUGGUCUAGCUAAUUAAUUCCUUAAUUAUUAUUCAUUAUUUUUUUUUAGUUCCUUUUUUUUUUAUCGUUCUCAUUUUCGAAAUUUUUAUUCGUGGUAUUUAUAUUAUUCGUAUACCUAUGUAACACACGCGAACGACAGUCGUUGAUCUCUGUUUUGCAAAAACUUACGCAGGGAAUAGUCUGUAUUAUGUAGCCUGCAAUCUUGUAAUAGUGAAUUUAAAUCAAAUUUUUCCUGUGUAACACAUAAUAUAUAUAUAUAUAUGUAUAUAUAUACAAUAUACACAUAUGUUUACAACAUGGUAGCAAAAAUAAGAAAAUAAAUAUCAAGAUGAUGGAAAAAUAAAGUUGAAACCCGUAAUUAAACAAUAGAAUAAUUAUUUAAUAAAUAUACACGAAUAAGAACGGGGAAAAAUAAAUGUGAACCAACGACGUUAGUUUCACCGCACGCAUGCAUAUACGUAUAGUAUAAUACAUAUAUGCUACGUUUGUUGUAUAUUAUUAUUUUUGUACUAUAGAUGUGACUUAAAAGCAAUAAUUUUUUUUUCUCGUUUUCGACGCGAAUUUUUCCCUUCAGUAUUUUCCCGGUAUCGGUUAUUAUUAUUAUUAUUAUUAUUAUUAUUAUUAUUAUUAUCAUUGUUAUAUUAUUGCAAUUUUUUUUUUAUCAAACGUUUGACGUUUUACUCGAAUUGAGGUCGGACCGUCUGCACUGCUGUUGAUCCGAG